AUGUCCUCAUCCUCCUCGCCUCACCUCAACGGCUUGCCUCUCCGCUCAGCCAUGAAAACCGACGAUGAGUCGUCCUCGGUCACGAGUCCCGGUAAAGUCGUCCAAAUCGCCGAGCCAGAAGCUGCUACAGCCCCGCCUGCCAGUGCUGAGCAUCAGGCUCACCACAAGAGACAGUACGCCGCAAACAUGGCCAAGAGACUGACCGGCCGCUUGCCGUCUUUCUCCGAGUCCUCAUCGCGCUCCUCGCCCAUCUUGGAACCUACGCAAGUGCCCGAGGAUUCUGCUGCCCAGCAACACCACCAUCGCCAUGGUCAAAGGCACCUGUACCAGAGCCAGAAGCUCCUGGCCCAGCUGAGCGACUGGUUGGAGCACGAGAAGAAGAAAAAGGCUUCUCGCAAGAGCAAGACUUCCCCUCGUCGCCGUUCCCCGCAGUCCAAGACCAAAACCGAGACCCAAUCUCAGCCUGACGUCCAGGCCGCACCUCGUUCCAGAUCUGAUUCCAUCGACUCUGAUUCCAGCGACGUAUCCUUCGACAGACUCCAAAAGAUCAUCGAUGACAGCAUGGCCUCUCUGGGCAUCAGCUCCGUUCCUCAGUCGGGCCCCAGACUCGGCAGACGCACCUCCGGUCGUCUUAAGAAGUCGCUCUCACGUAACAUGUUCCAUAGAACGGCAAGCUCCGACACUGACUACAUUGGUGACGACGUGGUCGUGCCCACAUGCGAUGCUGUUCUCGACAACUCCAAGACCCUCAGCUAUAACGCCGGCAAAAGCACUGACGACUUGUCUUUGGGUGGCAAGGUAGACGACAAGGAUAAAGCGUGGGCCAUCUUCAAAAACGAAAUCGUCCGCCUAACGCACACCCUCAAGAUCAAGGGCUGGAGAAGAGUCCCCCUGGACUGCGGUAACCGUCUGUCCGUCCAGCGCCUCAGCGGAGCCUUGACCAACGCCGUGUACGUGGUCACACCUCCGACAGACCUCGAGGAUUCUGCUUCUGGUAAAAAGCAUCCGCCAAAGCUUCUCCUCCGUAUCUACGGUCUGGAACACCUAAUCGACCGCGAGAACGAGCUCAGCGUGCUUCGAAGACUGGCCCGAAAGAAGAUUGGUCCUAGACUUCUCGGUUGCUUCACCAACGGCCGUUUUGAGGAGUAUUUCAACUCCAUCACUCUGACACCCAAGGAUCUGCGGGACCCGGAAACGUCAAAGCAGAUUGCGAAGCGUAUGAGGGAGCUUCACGACGGAAUUGAUGUUUUGCAAAAGGAGAGGGACGAGGGCGCUGCGGUUUUCAAGAACUGGGAUUCUUGGCUCGGUAAUGUCGACAAGAAGAUCCAUGCUCUCGACGAAGGCGUACGCCGCGGAUCCAGCGAGUUCAGUGGCGAGGGCUACGUAUGCGGAGUUGAGUGGAAGCAGUUCAAGGCUCUAUACGACAAGUACCGCGAACUGGUGGUCAAGGCCUACAAUGGCAAUAGCGGAAUCCGCGAACGUCUUGUCUUCGCCCACAAUGAUACUCAAUACGGAAAUAUUUUGCGCAUGCGCCCAGACGACGAGAAAUCUCCCCUCCUCCAACCAGCAAACGAACACAAGCAGCUCGUUGUCAUUGACUUUGAGUACGCGGCAGCCAACGUCCCAGGUCUCGAGUUCGCGAACCACUUCACUGAGUGGGCUUACGACUACCACUUCGAAAAGGCUCCCUAUCUCUGCAACACGGCCUGCUACCCGACCAGACAGGAACAGGCCCGCUUCCUCAAGGCCUACGUCGAGCACCGCCCCCAGUACCCCCACGGCGGCGCUUCUACCCCUCGUCUUGCUCCGGCCGAUGCCGCAGGCAGUUCGACACCUGCCCUACUGCCUACCAGCUCCUCUAGCUCCAUCAUCGAGUUUAUGCUCGACGCCCGCGUGCCACCGGGGCACUGGAAGGACGAGGAGCGUCGGGCGGAUGAGGCGAUUGAAGCAGAAGUCAAGGAGCUUUACGAAGAGACACGCCUCUGGCGCGGUAUCAACAGCGCCAUGUGGGUCGCAUGGGGCAUCAUCCAGGCCAAGGUCAGUGGGUUUGAGUCGCCCGAGGAGAAAGAGGCACAGGAAAAGCAGGCACAGAACGAGGCGGCUGCGGCUGCCGGAGACGAAGCUGCAAAGGCGGAGGUGAAGGCUGCAGCCGAGGCUGAGGCGGAAGGUGGCGACGAAUACGACUACCUCAGCUACGCACAAGAGCGCGCAUUCUUCUUUCUUGGAGAUUGUGUGCUCAUGGGUAUUGUUAAAAAGGAGGACUUCCCGGAAGACGUGCAGGCCCGGCUCAAGAUUGUGGAUUUCUGA